AUGGCGAUAAGUGCAGGUUCCAUGGGUGUUCAUGGAUUGGGAGACAUGAAGAUUCUCGCUAUCCAAGUCAUCACCGGAAGAUGGUUCGUCGUCUUUGCCUCCUUUCUAAUCAUGGCUGCCGCUGGAGCCACGUACAUGUUCGCCCUUUACUCCAGCGACAUCAAAGCCACUCUUGGCUACGACCAAACCACUCUCAAUCUCCUCAGUUUCUUCAAGGACUUGGGCACCAACGUUGGAGUCCUCUCAGGCCUUAUCAACGAGCUCACUCCACCCUGGGUGGUGCUAGCCAUCGGUGCUGUCCUAAACUUCUUUGGUUACUUCAUGAUAUGGCUCUCAGUCACCCAAAAAAUAGCCAAACCCCAAGUAUGGCAGAUGUGUCUCUACAUAUGCAUAGGUGCUAACUCUCAGUCGUUCGCCAACACUGGUUCCCUGGUCACGUGUGUCAAGAACUUUCCAGAAAGUCGUGGGGUUGUGUUGGGCAUCCUCAAAGGCUACCUGGGUCUUAGUGGUGCAAUCAUCACACAACUCUACUCUGCUAUUUACUAUGACGACACAAAGGCUUUGAUUUUGUUCAUAGGUUGGCUCCCAGCUGCUACUUCCUUAGUUUUCCUUCGAACCGUUCGCUACAUGAAGCCGGUUAGGCAGUCUAAUGAGCUCAAGGUUUUCUACAACUUUCUGUAUAUUUCUCUUGGCCUUGCUGGGUUUCUUUUGGUCAUGAUUAUUAUACAGAAAAGGGUCAACUUCACUCAGAGUGAGGACGGUGUGACCGCUGCUAUUGUGCUCUUCUUGCUCUUCCUCCCACUUGCUAUUGUUUCCAUCGAAGAGUAUAAGAUCUGGCAGAGUAAAAGACUUGCUUUGGUUGAUCCUUCCCCGGUGAAAAUAGUAACCGAGAGUGAAAGGGUUAAACCGAAAGAGUCUGCUAAUGGUAGCAAUUCAGUCUCAGCAGUUUCCAACGACACCAAGUGGUGGGAAAAUGUGUUUAGUCCACCAGAAAGAGGUGAGGACUAUACAAUACUUCAAGCACUAUUCAGCAUUGACAUGUUUAUCCUAUUCAUAUGUAGCAUCUGUGGUAUUGGGGGCACGUUGACCGCAAUAGAUAACCUGGGUCAGAUAGGAAAUUCGCUUAGAUACCCCAAGAAGAGCAUAAGCACUUUCGUGUCCCUAGUAAGCAUUUGGAAUUAUCUAGGACGAGUUUUCUCUGGAUUUGUUUCUGAACACUUUCUACACAAGUACAAGUUCCCUCGUCCUCUUAUGCUUACUUUAACCAUGCUCCUAUCAUGCGUUGGACACCUUCUGAUAGCAUUCGAUGUGCCAAGUGGUCUUUAUGCGGCUUCGGUAAUCAUAGGGUUUUGUUUUGGAGCUCAGUGGCCUUUACUUUUUGCCAUUAUAUCUGAGCUUUUUGGACUAAAAUAUUAUGCAACUUUGUACAAUUUUGGAAGUGCAGCAAGUCCACUAGGGCUAUAUGUGCUUAAUGUGGUAAUGACUGGGCAUUUGUAUGACAAAGAAGCAAAGAAGCAACUCGCAGCGUUGGGGCUUCAAAGAAAGGAAGGACAGGAAUUGAAUUGCAUAGGAGUCCAUUGCUUCAAGUUAUCCUUCAUUAUUAUCACAGCUGCAACUUUCUUUGGUGCCAUUGUUUCACUGAUUCUGGUGGCUAGGACAAGAAUGUUUUACAAAGGUGACAUAUACAAGAGAUUCCGCGAUGCAGCCACGAUAGAAGCUGAACUGACAGUGGUAGAGGACGAAAACAAGGCAGAGAAAGAUGUCAAACAUGUGGUGCCAACUCAUGAUCACGAACAGCACCAGGACUAA